UUCCGGGCUGUGUCACUCUGUUAUGGUUCCCCCUGCGUGUGUCAAACGUGAACAGGCGUAGUCCUUUAUUUCAGCAAACAGCAUCGUUCUAUGACCACAUAAAUGUGAUUUUUCUUUCCCAGCAUGCAGCUUACGCAACCACUGGAGCUUUAUCCCGACACCAGGGUGACGCAAGUGCUUUUUAAAAACGUGAAGAACGCCGCUGAACUGAGGCAGAAAGCGAUGCAGGGGAAAUUAAACGGCGCUCUGAUCAACCCGAAAAUGCUAGUGGAUCCUUUCCAAGUGCUGGUGGCUGCCAAUAAAGCGUUUCAUUUACACUCCAUUGGAAGCAUGAAGACAAGAAGUCUCAACUCGGAGAUAAUCUUCAACCUGUCACCCACCAACAGCAUCUCAGACGCUUUCAAACGAUUUGGGAUCGCUGACGGAGACGACUCGGUGCUGGUGGUGGUGGUUCACGGCAGAGAUGAGCAGCAGGCCGUGUCCGACGUCACGGCCGCGGUGGACGGGCAGCAGCUGCCGGCGGGCGAGGUUUCUACACUGUCGGACUUGGAAAAGAUCCGAAAGCUAUACAAAGUCACACCUCAGGAGGAGACAUGCGGAAAUCUGCUCGAUGCCGUCAUAUGCAGAAUGGCCAUCAAGGAUGUCAUGUAGCCCCCAAAGAUGCAGCACCGAUAUGAUUGAAAAUCUGCUCUGUUCUCAUCACGCAAAGAUCUUAGGAACAGUUUCAUGUUUGCAAUACUCUUUAGUUUCCUGGGUCCAGU